AUGUCACUCAGGGAUGCCGAGAAGACAGCCUUUCGAACACCAUACGAGAAUUUCUAUUACAUUGUCAUGCCAUUCAGUCACAAGAACGCCGGCGCUACCUACCAAAGAGCCAUGACAACGGUGUUCCAUAAUAUGAUGGGAAAAAAGGUGGAGGAUUAUGUGGAUGACCUCGUGGUGAAGUAA